UUCAGUAGCAGUAGUGUAAAUGGAAAAAUAAAAGACAUGGCUCUGAGUGAGUCUUACGAGUGCGUUAGAUAUGAAACCAUGUGGAGUAAAUAUAUUGCAUUUUAUUAUUAAAACAAUUAUCCCAUUUGUUUUUAUUAUGAACACUUAAAAGCAAUGGGUCGAGUUUCUAAGAAAUCGUUUAAAAGGUCUAGCAGACCCAGAGCUAAGUCUAUGAUUACAGAUUGUGAAAUUCAACCAUUAUUAAAUUCAGAUUUGAGCAGAACAAGCAUAGCAGACAAUGGAUUCAUAUUCAAAUAUGAUUCAGAAAACAGUGAUUUAGAGAAUAAUAAAACACCUGCUACUCCAUCAAAGGCCAAUGAAUUAUUAUAUCCGUAUUACUUGAGGUAUGCUCGACAUUCAGAUACAUUGUUAAAUACAUGUUCUAAGUCUUUUAGUUUGGACUAUGAUAUAUUAAACAGGCCAAAAUUUUAUCGAAAACUACAACCUUACAUUCCAUUAGGCGAUACAAUUACCAACGAACCAUACACCCAAAAUAGUAUAAUUACCAUUUUUGCAAUAUGGAACACGAUAAUGGGAACAUCUCUAUUAGCAAUGCCUUGGAGCGUGGAACGAGCAGGACUAUUGAUGGGGUUAUUACUAAUGUUCGUUAUAGCUGCACUAUGCUUAUACACGUCCAAUCGUAUUCUUAAAGUGCAAGUACUUCACGGGAACGAUACCGGCGAAGUAGCACAAUUAAGCAAAAAUUUAUUGGGCCCUUGGGCCGAAGUCAUAGCGAAAUUAUUUUCGUUCAUAAUUUUACUUGGUGCAAACAUAGUGUACUGGAUAUUGAUGUCAAACUUUUUAUAUUAUUCGGUCGGAUAUGUUCAUGAUUUGCUCUUUGCAGACGAAAACACUGGGGUGUUCGAGUUCAACACUACUAACCUAAUAUGCCCAAACAAUGCGGACUACAUAAAUGCUAUAUCAAACUCAACCAGGCCGUGGACAUUGUAUGAACGAAUUUGGGAUCUCAACACGACAGUACCCAUAUUUCUUGUCGUGAUCGUUGCUCCGCUGUUGAACUUCAGAUCAGCCACGUUUUUUACGAAGUUUAAUUCUUUAGGAACGCUGGCUGUGCUGUACCUAUUCAUAUUUGUCAUAAUAAAAUCAUAUAGUUGGGGAAUAAAUAUGUCCGCACCAACGAUAGGAGGAUUAACAGACUAUUCUGAAUUUUAUAAAAACACAUUUCCUGCAACAUCUGGAAUGCUUACGUUAUCGAUGUUCAUACAUAAUAUCAUAAUAACAAUAAUGAGAAAUAAUGAAAAUCAAAAACACAAUGGCCGCGAUCUAUCAAUAGCAUUCACUCUAGUUCUUCUAACAUAUAUAUUAAUUGGAAUUACUUUCUAUGUGUGUUUUCCAUUAGCUAAAUCAUGUAUCGAGGAUAACUUUUUAAACAACUUUCCUAGAACAGAUGUCUUUAGCAUUAUUGCUCGAGUUUUUCUAUUCUUUCAAUUAUUGACUGUCUAUCCUUUGAUAUCAUACAUGUUACGAGUACAAGUGUUUGCAGCCCUUGAACUAUCAAUAUAUCCAAGUGUUUUACAUGUUAUUGCACUUAAUUGCUUUGUAAUUUUUAUAUGUAUAUUGUUUGCAAUUUUCAUGCCACAUAUAGGAACAGUAAUACGAUUUAGUGGAGCAAUUUGUGGAUUUGUAUACAUAUAUACAUUACCAACCAUGUUACAUUUGGCAUCACAAAGAAGACGCAAUCUUUUAACAUUUGGAUCAGUCAUUUUUCACAUUUCAAUAUCAUUAAUUGGACUAGCUAAUCUAAUUGCCCAAUUUUUUGUUUGAAGAAUAAAUUAACAUUUUGUUAAAAAAAAGUUAAAA